GGGCUUGAUGAUUAACCAAUGCUCUCGAACACACGAACAGUAUGUGGUUGAGAGAAGACCCAUUGGCAUGAAAGGAUGCGGUAUCAAAUGCACACCUCGAAAAACUGAUCCACAAAACUGUAAAUUCCUCUCAAUAAUCCCAACCGAUUUGUCUUCACGUGUCCUUUUCCUUUAGCUCCCCCACCUUAGUUGUUUGUAUUGUUCUAAUUCCUCUCUUCAAUAUUAUCUGCUCUUGUUUGCUUCAUGCACACUUCUGCUUAGUCGACGAAGUCAAGGUUAUUGAAGAGCGAAGUUUUUUUUUUUUUUUUUCAUUUGAGAAGAUGGAGAUAACCAACGUUAUGGAGUAUGAGGCCAUUGCAAAGGAAAAACUUCCAAAGAUGGUAUAUGACUACUAUGCAUCAGGUGCAGAGGACCAAUGGACUCUUAAGGAGAACAGACAUGCAUUCUCAAGGAUCCUGUUUCGACCUCGUAUUCUUAUUGAUGUAAGCAAGAUAGACAUGAGUACCACUGUCUUGGGCUACAAGAUAUUGAUGCCUAUCAUGAUUGCUCCCACUGCUAUGCAAAAAAUGGCUCACCCUGAGGGAGAGUAUGCAACAGCAAGAGCAGCAUCAGCAGCUGGCACUAUUAUGACAUUAUCAUCAUGGGCUACUUCUAGUGUUGAAGAGGUUGCUUCAACAGGACCUGGCAUUCGCUUUUUCCAGCUCUAUGUGUACAAAGACAGAAAUGUAGUUGCACAGCUUGUGAGAAGAGCAGAAAGGGCUGGCUUUAAGGCAAUUGCCCUCACUGUUGAUACUCCAAGACUGGGACGCAGGGAAGCUGACAUCAAGAACAGAUUUACUUUACCUCCAUUCUUGACAUUGAAGAAUUUUGAGGGAUUGGACCUUGGAAAGAUGGAUAUGACAAAUGAUUCUGGACUUGCCUCAUAUGUUGCUGGACAAAUUGAUCGAUCCCUAAGCUGGAAGGAUGUGAAGUGGCUCCAGACAAUCACCAACUUGCCAAUUCUAGUGAAGGGUGUAAUCACUGCUGAGGAUACAAGGCUAGCCAUACAAGCAGGAGCAGCAGGAAUCAUUGUGUCAAAUCAUGGAGCUCGUCAACUUGAUUAUGUCCCUGCCACUAUCAUGGCUCUAGAAGAGGUUGUCAAAGCUGCACAAGGCCGAGUUCCUGUUUUCCUGGAUGGUGGUGUCCGGCGUGGGACUGAUGUCUUUAAAGCAUUGGCCCUUGGAGCCUCUGGCAUAUUUAUUGGAAGGCCUGUGGUAUUCUCUUUGGCUGCUGAAGGUGAGGCUGGUGUAAGAAAGGUACUCCAGAUGCUCCGUGAUGAGUUUGAGCUAACUAUGGCAUUAAGUGGAUGUCGCUCACUCAAGGAGAUCACUCGUGAUCACAUUGUUACUGACUGGGACCAACCUCAUCCUCUCCCUCCUCUCCCUUCAGCCAGGCUAUAAACAGGCUUGAAUUUCACCAACAGACAAUCAUACAAAAGAGUAGGUUAAUAAGGUUAAUCUAUUUAUGAGCCUGUUGUCAUUGGAAGAGCUUUUUUUUUCUGAUUUUUUGAGCCCAGAAAUAGUUAAGAGAACUUAAGCUUUUGUGAUGAUUAAUGGCACUUCAUGAGAAUGGCCUUUCUUUGUAUAUUCUUUCUUUAGACCAGGUUCUUGUUUAAAAUGUUAUACUUUCAACAGUUAAAAGAAUACUGGUUCUACUUAGAAAA